GCCAUAAUCAUUUUGUCAACACAGUGACAGUACAGCACUAUCCUUUGUAUACCAUUGUAUACGACGUCAUAUGAGUAAGGCAAUGAUAUGUGCUGUUGGACAUUGGGAUCAUUGGAUUAAUAUCAAUGCGGAUUAAUACUCAACCAUGGAGUCCAAUGAAGCAAAAAAAUCUUCGUUACAAAACCAAAACUCAACCGAAUCAUUGAGCAUUGAUUCAAAAUACAUUGAACCAGAAAGUCACUUACAAAGUCUUGGCUUUACCAUAGAUAAUGGAAAGGCUAGAUUUAAAUUGGAUGAUGAUUCAUCUGCAUAUUCAAAUGCUGCAUUAACAAGUUUCAAUGUUGUUGACACAGAUGAUACCUUAUCCUUUGUGGUAUUAGGUAAAGACUCAUUGGAUGCUAUUCAAGCAUCAUCGCUUGCUUCAUAUGUUGACAUCCAGCAAAAGAGUAUGUCUGUUGAUUACAACUCCAUGAUCGCAUUAUGGGAUUCAACAGAAGUACAUAAAAAGCUAAAUGAAUUACUGCAAGAAAAUACAAAGCUGAAAGAAACAUUAAAACAGAACAACAUAGCUAUGAAACAGCAGUUUAAUACCUUGUCUGAUUGGCAGGAAGAAAUCAUGAAAGUUCAUCAAAAUCAUAAAAAGAAAUUUGCUGAAACUAGAGAGUUAAUAAAUUACCUUAAAAAGGAAAAUACUGAUUUGAAAAUGAAACUAACUUCCGAGCAACCUAAUAAUACGGAAAUGGGAUAUGAUCUUCUCAAUAUAAACAGUAUGCAAAAUAGUAUAAAGGAAAAACAAAACUCUAUUCCUCAAAAUGAACUCGAGGAGAAAGUAUUACUUUUAACAGAUGAAUUGGAUAAUUCAAAACUUAAGUGCGAAAAAUUAUCCUCUGAUGUUGGGAAACUGGUCAGUAUAUCAAAUUUAAUGAGCUCUCAGUUGAUGCAGGCUACUUCUACAAUCCAGGAACAAAGGCUGAAUAUAAAAAAAUUAGAAGUGGAAGCUUUAAUGUCAAAGUCCAUUGAUUCUAAUUAUUUUAAUCAGUCUAUUAAUUGUUCUACUUCUGAACAAUCAAAGCCUAUGAAUAACUGUGCGGAAUGUGAACAGUGUCUGAAAAAAGACAAGGAAAUUAAUUCUUUAAAAGAAUCGAUUGUUGUGCUUGAACAUAAGAUAGAACAUAUUACUACCCCUGUACAAUUUUGUAUAAAAAGUUCAGUUAAUCCGAAAAAGUACUGUCAACGAAAUAUUACAAAAAUCAAAGAUUACAAUGAUAAGUCGCAAGAACUAAUAGCUUGUUUUGAUAAGCAGCUAAAUCAGUGCACUGUUAUAGGAGAGUACCUGAAAAAUCUCACACAAAUAUUAGAAAACAAAGUUUCUUGUAGUGUAAUGUCGGGCUCUGAACAAUUUGACGAUCAGUUAUUAAAUUGUUAUCAGAAAUUUAUUGAAGAACGACAGAAAUUUUCCGAGGAUAUAAAAAUCGCAUGUACAGUACAAAAUCAAUUUCAGAAAACUCUAUUGGAUUGUAAUUCAAUAGUUGAUGAAUUAGAAACAACGAUGAAUACAAACAUUGAAGAUGGAGCAAUGAAAAAUAGUGUUACUUCUGAAUCUGCACGAAACAUUGCAGAAUCAAAAAAGCAAAACACUGAAAACAAACAGUUACUGGAAGAAGAAAAAGUGUUACUUAGUAGGGAAAGAGAGAAGCUUGAAGAGGAGAAAAAUUUGUUAAACGACCAGAGAAAAACUCUUGAACUAGAAUACAAAAAUUUAAACGAUUCCAAAGAACUUUUGCGACAGGAAAGAAUAAGCUUACACGAAGAGAAGUCAUCUUUGGAUCAACAGAGUCAACUUUACGAAAGUCAUUAUAAAAAGACAUUAGAAGCUGAGAAAACAAAGUUUGAAGCAAAAUGUAGUCAGUUAGUAGGAGAAAUUGGUAUUCUUCAUGAGAGUAUACAAAAGAAGGAGCUGUGUAUUAAAGAAUUACAAAGGGAAAUGGUACAGCAUUUAGAAAAUGCCAAUUUGCUACAAACUCAGUUGAAGCUUUACGAAGAAGAUUUCAAACAUGAGAGAAAAAUUAAGGAAUCGUUAUUAGAUGAGAGAAAUAAUUUAAGUACGGACUUACAGAAACAGAUAGAGUUCAAUGCAAAAUUACAGCAAGAAAUUACUCGCUUAUCGCCUAAUAUAUCUGAAAAUCAAAGCAGCGCGGCGGGUAGAUUAGUGCCUCCAUUGGUAUUAACAUUUAUAUGUCCAAAAUGUGAUUCCACAUUUCGAGAUAUGCAAUGCUUGGACCAGCAUAUUGAUCACUGUUUGUGUUUGGAUUAAUAUAAAAUUUUCCAUUAUUAUCUUGACUAUAUAUGCUUAGGCAAUAUAAAUAUUAAAAACUACGAUAACUACAGAUGUUAUUAAAUAGAACUGUAGGGAGAUAUAUAUAAAUUUUAAUGUACUAAACAUCGUAUAUAAGACAGAAUAAAAUAAAUAAUAUCAAUUUUA